AUGUCCAAUCUAUAUGCCACAGAGCCAACGCCAAAUGGCAAGGUCAUUGUGGACACCACUGCCGGUGAGAUCGAGAUCGAGCUAUGGGGGAAAGAGGCACCCAAGGCCGUUCGCAACUUUCUCCAGCUGGCAAUGGAGGGCUACUAUGACGGUGUGAUCUUCCACCGCAUUGUCAAGGACUUCAUUAUCCAGACGGGAGACCCCACUGGAACCGGAAUGGGAGGCGAGAGCAUCUAUGGCGAGCCAUUUAGUGACGAGAUUCACAGCCGUUUGAGGUUCAACCGACGAGGACUGUUGGGCAUGGCAAACAACUCCAAGCGAAACACCAACAACUCGCAAUGGUUUAUUACAUUGGAUCGCGCCGACGAGCUCACAGGCCGGCAUACCCUCUUCGGCCGCAUCCAGGGACCGACAUACUACAAUGUGCUCAACAUUGGCAACCUGGAAGUCGACGCAGAGGAGAAGCCCUUGGUUCCCCCAAAGAUCCGUGGUAUCAGGAUCAUUGAGAACCCGUUUGAUGACAUCGUGCCUCGUAUCACGGCCGCGGAGAAGAGGGCCCAAAUCCAGGCUCGUAUAGAGUUGAAGAAGGAGAACGAAAUCCGCGAGAAGCGCGCCAGGGCUAAGAAAAACACUGGCUUGUUGUCGUUUGGCGAUGCAGAAGAGGAGCAGGAGGCGGCAGUGGUCAUUAAGAAGAAGGAUAUGAGCCGAAGCGAUCUCGUGGCGGGUCAAAGCCGUGACUCUAGUGAGCCUGUGGCAUCCAAGUCGGCAGACGAGCCUCGCAAGGCGAAGCGUGAAGACUCGCCAAAGGCGCGGACCGAAGAGCGCAAGACUGUCGACUUGAAAUCUAUUCGCAGCGAGCAUGAGCGACAGAAGCUGGGUGACAAAAAUGCCCGAAGCUCCAAGAUUGAUAGGCUCCAAGACGACCUGCGCUAUCUGAAGAAACGCCAGGGUGAAGGUUCCGACUCUGAAUCUGACGAUUCAACGUCGCAUAAGAAGCGCAGGAAGGGUGCAGACUACCUCGAGGAGGAGAUGGCCAAGUACACUGCUGGCCGGGGACGAGCAGCGAAACGGUCAUACAACCGCAAGAGCCGACGCGAUGAUGACGACGAUCUGAUGAAGGACCUCUCAAUGUUCAGCAAGAAGGUCCUGGCGGUUGAUCCAGACGCCGCAUACGACAGUGAUGAUGAGAAGGGAGCCGAAGGUGGCGAGGAAGGCGUGGAGGUGGACGACGAUGUGGGAUGGCUGCGACACGCUCUCAAGUUCCAGCAUGAGGUGUCUGAUGAGACGCGUCGCGCCGAGGACGAGUACACUGUCAUUGAUCCCCGAGCCAAGGCUCGCGAGUUGGCUGCGGACGAGGAGCGAAAGGCCAAGGAACGGAUCAAGUCUCGAAAGUGACCGACUUUGCCUUAUGUAAAACAAUAACAG